GGCCAGGCUGCUGGCAAGCAAGCACAAGUAGCGACUAACGGCUCUAUUUGUGUGCAGCUGGGACAUGGCAUGGCUUCAUGGAAAACUGGUCACUAAAGUGACACUGUAACGAAAGAGAAGGAGAAGCUCUCAUGUAACUGGGGCAAUACCAGAAGAGUCAAAAACGACGUCCAAGAGGAAGGAAACAUGGCGAGUGAUCGGCCAUGGCAGUGGUGCGAGUUGGAGCUUCUACUGGGGAUAUCAGCUGAGGCGUUUCAAUUAGAGAAAGCAGUGUGCAGCCAUGGCCUUUUCAUGAUGGCUCCUAACUAUUGGGACCCUCUCUCCAACACUCUCACGCGCCCUCUCCGUCUUCCUUUUUCCGAUCAUCGCUCUUCCUCUGGAUCCGUCAUCGUCACCAUUUCUCAGCCAUCGCAUCGUCCCAGUUCGCUCACUCUUCGAGUUCAUGGCACCUGCUCCGUCUCUCCUCAACAACAACACGCGUUGCUGGCUCAGGUGUCAAGAAUGCUGCGUCUGUCAGAGACCGAAGAGAAAGCUGUGAGAGAGUUUAGAAACAUGCACAACUAUGGUGAUGAUGAUCAGAAUAAAAGCUUUACUGGAAGAGUGUUUAGGUCUCCCACAUUAUUUGAGGAUAUGGUCAAGUGCAUCCUCCUCUGCAAUUGCCAAUGGUCGAGGACUUUGAGCAUGGCUCAGGCACUUUGUGAGCUUCAGCUGGAACUGCAAAAUGUAUCCUCCUUCUCUAGCAGCCAAAAAGUUGAGAAUGAGAACUUCAUUCCAAGGACACCAGCGACAAAAGAAAGCAGGAAAAAGCAUAGGAGUAGGACCUCUGGUUUGUCCUCAAAAGGCAAGUUGCUUAAGAAGAAAUUAGAAUUAGAAGCAGAAGGAAAUUUGCAAGAAGACCAUGUCCUUGCGACAAGUUUGAACUCAAACUUGCCUCCAAUCGAUACAGAUGAAAAUCUAUGUCAGCAUUGCAAAGCUUGUGAAAAUUCAAAGGAGUUAAGUGCAGACGAUGAAUCAUUUUGUGGGUUCUCUAAUGGAAGAGGCUAUUUUGCUAUGGGGGGUAUUGGGAAUUUUCCAUCCCCAGAAGAGCUAGCAAGCCUUGAUGAGAGUUUUCUGGCAAAACGAUGCAAACUUGGUUAUAGAGCAGGUCGUAUAGUAAAACUUGCUCGAGCUAUUAUUGAAGGUAGAAUUCAGUUAGGACUAUUUGAAGAACUUUCUAAAGAUGCAAGCUUAUUAAGCUAUAACCAGCUAGCAGGCCAUUUGAAAGAAAUUGAGGGAUUUGGACCUUUUACUCGUUCCAAUGUUCUCAUGUGCAUGGGUUAUUACCAUGUCAUUCCAACCGAUUCUGAAACGAUUAGGCAUUUGAAACAGGUUCAUUCAAGAAAGUCCACAACUCAAACAGUUCAGAGAGAUGUUGAAGAAAUUUAUGGAAAGUAUGAGCCGUACCAGUUCCUGGCAUACUGGUCUGAAAUAUGGGACUUCUAUGGAAGAAGAUUUGGGAAAAUGAAUGAAAUGUCUUGCUCUGACUAUAAACUCAUCACUGCUAGUAAUAUGAAAAACAAGGGAGGAGGCGAAAGGAAGAGGAAGCAAGCAUCUUAGCAUGCCAAAGCCGAACAUGAUGAGUCAUGCUAUCCAAAUAUACUCUUCAUGUCUGUUGCCCGUAAGUCUAAUCGACAUUUGGGCAUCAUGCAGAACUAAUAUAUUGUUCAACGUUGUUUAUAACUCUUCAUUUAGUCCAUAUCUAUAUAUUGGUCAAAACUCAA